AUGAAUUCCGGAGGGUCCAAUCAACAGACGCCGGCUGCGGCUCCGCAGACAAAGGCCGUUUGGUUCAAGCACUGCGUAGUGUUGGGCGGCGGCGGCGGUGACGGCGGCGACGGCGGCGAUCCUUCCAUUCCCGUCAUCGCUGGUGGCCACCUUCUUGGCUCCCAAACCUCCUUGAUUCGUGCCACCGCGGUAUCCUCGCGGCACCCGCACGCCAACUCGUGGGUAGGAUUCGACCUCCGCUUCCCGCUGCCACUAGGGCAAGCGGUGAACGAGGAGAUGGGUUUCGGUGUGAGGUAUAACCUUGACCGGAAGAUUGAAGGCGGUCGAGGGCUCUCCCAAUCGGAGGAAUACACGCUCACCAUCAAGUUUCCGCGUGGUCAAAUCGACAUGACCGUUGAGCAGGCCCACCCUACGAUUGUAAAACGGUUUCCUGGUGCCGAGAAGCUGUCCUUCGUUUCGGUCCGCCUGCAUGAGCAGGGACGUGUUCGGGUUGACGGCUUUGGCAUGCCGUACAAGAACCCAGAGCAUCCGGAAGCCGAGGGGUGGGUCAACCGCAACACCACCAUGGUGGAAAACAUCACGCUGCUGGACUUCCUCGCUGGGAGGUCGUUCCUUUUUGCAAUGGGGGUAACUCCUGCAACCAUCAACAAGGAAUGGAACGAUGCGCGCCUCCCCCCGCCGUUCAGUUAUCCCUACGGUACUGAACACCAUUGGCCGCCUGCGCACAGCGGGGCCACAAACCUGACGCGCUACGUCGAGCUUCUCGAGAGGACGAAGAACGCGGAGAUGUUUCGGCCAGCGUACAGCUAUGACGACGAUAAUUCGCACGUUGCUGUCGUUACGCAGUCUGUCAUUCAGGAUAUCUUCUGGAUUCACCAAGCAUCCGAGGCUAUCGAGGAGGUCAGUUCACCGGCUUAUCUUGUAGAGCGCGACCGUGGCCGCUACUUCGUCAUUGUCGCUACAACUCGGGAAUUCAUGGGUCGGUACGACGCUGCCUGGGGCCGGCUGGCCAAGGAGUGCGAAGUACGCCUGGUUUUCCAUGACGAAGUAGAGGGCAAGGCAAGAGUCUCCGAAACUUGGAACUGUACCAUCGUCGAGCAUCCUGACGACGACCUCCGCACCAACCACCCCGUCGAGGCACACGAGGUGAUCCUUCAGGCGCAGGUAUCGGGGCCUAAAGACUCCAACUUUGUGCCUAAGUUCCCUAUCGACCUCAAAGAUGCCGCCCGCAAGGUUUCCUCUGCUUGCCAAUACCUCCCUACCGCGGAGCCAACCCAUGUCCUCCCAUACCAGCUCAGCCCGGCUGAGAUUGCCGAGCAGGAAGACCGUAUGGCUCUACACCGCGCGGUUAUGAGGGGGCAAGGCUUCUACGACUGGAUGACGCGCCCGGCCCUAAAGGACGACCUCGUCCAGAUGAUGGCCCCCGUCUCCCUAAGCGAAAUGCCUAGACCUACAACUCGACCGCUCCCUGUCGUUAACUACCUCGGCUGUAAAGAUGAGGCGUAUAUCAAUGCGCUAUUCCAGGAAGUACUCCCUGGUGACCGAGCUCCAUUCCGUGAGUACCUGAAAAACAGGACUCUAGGUAUUGGCGUCAUCACCGCGGCACCGGGCUUCGGCAAGACGACGUUGAUGUCGGUUGCGGGUCUCGCGAUGGAGGCUACGCUCGGCCAGGUUCUAGCUUCCGGUUCAUGCAACGUUUCUGUGGACAAUCUCGCCCGUCGCAUAGAUCGGACUUCUCGAUCUGUCUGCGCCCGCUACAACCAGGGUAAGGCACAGGAUGAUCCAACCCGCGCGCGCCACGGGUUGGUUGUCCGGGGGUACAACAUGCAGCGCGAGGUCAACGCAGCUAUGGGGAUGCUGAAGGACCCCGAAUUUGUCCCGCGGACCCAGCCGGGGAAGCGGAAGAAUCCCUGGACGCUGGAGCUCUCGGCCGCCUACUGGCUGCUGGUCCUACUCGGGUGUCGUGGGAAACGGUUUGGUGCUCUCCACCCCGACGAUAGCGAGGCCCUCCACCACUUGCAGGAAGUGUUCAACAGCCGCGAGGAUCUCGCCAGUCUCCGUGCGGUCGCCACCGGUAAGUUGACCUGCCAAGAAUUCUCGGAAACCGAGGACAUGACCCUCCUCGUCAAGUCCGUCCUUCCAAACUUGAUAGGUAUGAUCAUCGAGGUCGCCGACUUCCUAGCGAUGACCCCGGCCCAAUCGGUCAAGAGUGGCUAUCGGACCUGGGUAGAGCGUACUGCUCAGGGCGUUCUGGUUGACGAGGCGGGCAAUAUGCACCGGAGCGAUCUUGGCUGUAUCUGGGGGAAUUGCCUCCUCCCGGAUUCCGAAGGGAAUCUUUAUAAUCGCCUCGCCGAAGACGGUGGAAUCUCCGCGUUGGCCUUCCUGAUCGCCAGCGGGUUGCCGAUAUACCGUCUCCGGGUACAGCUUCGGAUGGCGAACGGGCUCUUCGACUGGGUGGCCGAGCACCUCUAUCACGAGGUCAACUUUACCUACGCCCAGUCGUGCUCCAUCAACCGGCCCGAGUUCCAGGCCGGCCAUAUCCUGGAGAGACUGAUGCAGAAGCAUUCAUCGGUCCGCCCGCCCCCUACCGGCAAGCUGCUCCCAGUGUUUGUGCACUGCGAAGGUGCACGCGUCCAUGUUGACGAGCGUACCGGCUCGAAGCAAUGCCGGGGGCAGGUUAUAGUCGCCCUAGACAUCGCGGCCGAUCUUGUCAGGGAGGGGGUCGACCCUACCAAGAUUACCGUCCUCUCCCCUUACACAGCUAACGUUCAUCUUAUCCGGGAACUGCGCGACCUGCCCGCGUACAGGGUGCUCGUCCCGAUGGGCGAAGCGUUCACUGUCGACUCCUUCCGGGGCCAAGAAAACGACAUCAUCAUCGUCGUGAUGGGCACGUCGUUCCCCCAGCCCGGUCCCGGGUUCACGACGGACCCGCACCGUCUCAACGGCCUCCUGACCCGGCAGAGGUGCGGAUUGGUGGUCGUAGGCAACGUCGACCUCCGGGGCCCUGGCAGCAACGACGGCUGGGGAGCUGGAAGUUGGAGGGGCAAGACCAAGGGUGGGAGGGCGUUCUUGGCUAUCUCGCCGACGGGCGAGAGAAGUUGGCUGUCGGCCCCAAUGCUGCAGCACAUCCACCGCCGCAUGAUUGACAGCGGCCGUGUUGUGAGGAUGAUCGUUGGGGCAGACGCCCGUUAG